UCUCUCUGUCUCUCUCUCUUCAUAUAUUCAACUUGGGUGAUCAGAGGCCAUGGAUUCUGAAAAAUACAGAAGCAGUUCAGAGCCUUCGAGCGAAGAAAAUGAAGAAAUCAAAGACGAGAAGGUGUCGAAAAAGCGAUCCUAUGAGUGCACCUUCUGCAAGAGAGGCUUCACAAAUGCUCAAGCCUUAGGUGGUCACAUGAACAUACAUCGCAAAGAUCGAGCCAAGGCAAAGCAAACCAACAACAACAACUCUUCCAACUUCGACGAGGAUCAAUACUUGUAUCCUACCAAUUCUCGGUCGGUCACAAGAGAAUCUUCGUGUCCAAACACAUACUAUCCGAUAUUCGAGGCUCAAAGGAAUUACAACAUGUGUUUCCAGUUGCCACCGGCGACCGUGGUAUCCGAUGUUUCAAGAAAUAAUUACCCUUAUGGUUGUUUUCAUCCGCAAGAUCAGCAUAAUUUGAGUGGUGGUGGUCAAGAGCAGCUUUGGGGAGCGAAUUUGAGCUUGCGAGUCGGAUCCGGAAAUGUAGAGGGUCUUGUCAAGGAUGAUGAAUUGGAUUUGGAGCUUCGACUUGGUAAUGAUCGAUAG